GGCUGUUUGGUUGCCGGCCAGAGAUUGCCAAGCCAAAUUUUGGCUCGCCACAACAUAUUUGGCCGGGGUUUGGUUCACUAAAAAAUAUUGGCUCGCCACAACCUCAGUGCCCUCCCGCCACAGGAUUUUGCCAGAAAACUUUGGCGGUCUUUUUCCCCGCCACGCUCACCUGUGGCCGCCAAAACCGCCAAUCUGCCACAAAAAAGUCGCCCAGCGUACCUUUUUCUCUCCCGAUAAAAUUUUUUCCCCUCUCCAGCCAGACCUCACUCCACGGAGGCUCCCCUUCCCGACGUUGGUGAGCUCGCCGUCGCCACGUCUCCCAUACCAGAUCAUGUCGCCGUCGCCGCCCCUUCUCCCAUCUCAUCCACUCACCUCCACCACUUCGUUGACCUCUCCUUCCCACUCAUGUGCAGAUCUGAAGCAGAGAAAAGUUCAAGGAGAGUAGGAGCGGAUCGGAAGCAGGGCAGCUGAAGCAGCGCAUUCAAGUAGAAGCAGAUUCAGGACCAGUCCGUGCGGCCGGAGAAGAUGUAUUUAAAGUAUUACCUGGACCAUUGCCAUUACAUGUGGAAAAGAAGAAUGCUUGCUGGUAUUCUGGUGUGUCUAGCAGUCUAUUGGUAUAGGAUCAAUACAAGGAAAAGAAAAAGAAUAACAUAUGCUCCCAUGGUUGAUAGGGAUGUUGAGAGAUUGAGACGUCUAAAUCGCUUGUACAAUGGAAAUGAUGCCCACUGCAUAAGUGAGCUGCGUAUGAGCAAAGUUGUCUUUCAUAAGUUGUGUGCUGAACUUAGAUCACGUGCCCUGCUAGAAGAGACAUGCCAUGUCACAAUAGAGGAACAAGUCGCCAUGUUUAUGCAUGCAGUGGGUUUAAACUGGACAUUCAGAUCAAUUGCUUUUGAGUUCAUGAGAUCAAGUGAGACUGUUAGUAGGUAUUUCCAUCUUGUUUUAGACGCUCUCUGUAUCCUUGCCGGUGACCUCAUAUGCAUCAAAUCAGUUGAGACACACUCGAAGAUCACAACUUCCCCUGGCAGAUUUCACCCGUAUUUUGAGCAACAAUGACCAAGAAAAAGCUAAAGGUUGAUGCUGCUGUGUCCUCUCGCGAGAGGACCGUGACUUGGGCUGAUGAUCAGAAGAAAUACAUGCUUGAUUGGUACAUCGACUACUUGAAAGACCAGCAUGUAGGAUUUAAGUUCAAGAAGCAACAUCAUUUGUUGUGUGCUGAUGCAUUAAAUAAGAAGUUCGCAAUGGGAGUGACCGUGGAUCAAGUGGACCGUCAGUACAGGCACUAUAAAGAGAAUUGGAAAAUUAUUGCAGCAGCAUUGAGCAAAAGUGGAAAUUCAUUUGACCACACUAGAUGCAUUGUGACUAUUUCAGAGUCUGAAAAGGCAACCCUAUGUGACAGAGCAAGACGCCUACUCACUAAACCCAUCAAAUUCUAUGAAGAGAUGCAGGAGUUGUUCACUGGAUCUAGUGCUGAUGGUUCAUUAGCUAUGGAUCAGAAUACAUGCAUGGAUGUUAGUGAUGAUUCCGAUAGUGAUUCAAGGGAGAUGCAUGACCUCAAUGGCUAUACACCACCUGAAGAUCCACUUGGUGAUGAUUCAGACACAAUACCAACUCCUAUCACAAAUGCAACCGGUGAGAACAACUACCCUUCCAACUAUACUCGAUCUGGUAUAAAACGUUCACGAGGCAACCCUAUGUGUACUCUAUCAACUAAGAAGGCAGCAAAGUACAAGAGUCGUCUUGUAGAGUCCAAUGAUGAAAUCACAGCUACGAUGAAAUCACUUCGGGACACACUUGUUGCCACUGCUCCUCCUCACAUAUCACAGCUUGUCGAUCCACAUGCAACUUUGUGGCAGAGACUAGAGACUAUCCCAUUGACACCUGAUCAGAGAAUUAUAGUUGGUGAGCAUUUGUCUUCUAAAGAGAAUGAAGUUAAGCGUAGCUGGUUGUGCAAUGCAAGUGAUGGUACUUUGCAUGCAUGGGUCUUCAAGUUCUUAUGCGAUAAGGAAGGCUUAAAUUUGUGACUCUACAAGUUGGUGGCAAGCUCAUUUUGUCUAUGUGUGCUACUCACAUCUCGACUAGAACAUGUUUAGUGGGAAUAUUACUUUUGUUGCUUGCUAGCUGAACAUAGCCUGAUAAGUUGUUAGUAAUCUAGUCGAAUUUGGCUGUUGUCAUGAAUGUUAUGCACUACUUAAGUGAAUGGUCUAAUGUCUGUAAUGAAAUUUGAACUACUGAUAAUCUGUAAUUUUUGGUUCAGCUAUUAUCUGUAAUGGCCAUGUCCUCUUUUCUUUGUCAAA